AUGACGCGUCAGGAAGCCCACUCGUUGCAAUCACAGUGUUACUCUCGGCUAGAUCGUCUACGGUACAGAGACAAUUCUGUCUGUGACAAUUCUAAUAUUGAUAUAAUUGGAUAUCUCCAGCAAUACACGGAUAACGUCAGCUAAAACUGUACUCGUGACUAUACAGAUUCAAGAUGUCUGACUUGACUGAUGCAGCAGUAACACAGAGUGAGGAGGGCGUGACAGAACCUAAAGAAUUAGGAGGACAAUCUUCUACCAGUAUGGAUACUAAAGUUGUAGACUUUGUAGCUGUUGAUGCCAAGGGUGUUACUCCUGAAGAGAGUACAACUUCAGAAAGCAUGAGCGUAGAUGGGAUAUCACAGGCAUCAAACAUUCAAGCAUCGGGAGAGGAAGAGGAGCAAGAUGGUCCUGGAGAUGGAAGUACAGCAGAAGUCCAAGAAGAGAAGGUGAAAGGAGCGAUGUCUGACGUGACUGAUGCAGCAGUAACACAGAGUGAGGAGGGCGUGACAAAACCUCAAGAAUUAGGAGGACAAUUUUCUACCAGUACUGAUACUAAAGAUGAUGAUUGGGUAGCUGUUGAUGCCAAGGAUAUUCCUCCUGAAGAGAGUACAACUUCAGAAAGCAUGAGCGUGGAUGGGAUAUCACAGGCAUCAAACAUUCAAGCAUCGGGAGAGAAAGAGGAGAAAGAUGGUCCUGGAGAUGGAGGUACAGCAGAAGUCCAAGAAGAGAAGAAGGUGAAAGGAGCGAUGGAGGAUGAUGGUGGAGAACAAGAGAGAAUGAGAGUGGAAGAAGAAGAAAAGCAAAGAGAGGAGGAAAAGAAGAGAGCUGAAGAAGAAAAGCAAAGAGAGGAGGAAAAGAAGAGAGAGGAAGAAGAAAAGCAAAGAGAGAAAAAGAAGAUAGAGGAAGAGGAAAGGCGAAGAGAGGAAGAAAUGAAAGCGAAAAAAGUAAAGAUAGACGAAGAUAGACAGAGAGAAGGGUCAGCUCAAGUUGAGGAACUCCAAAAGGAAGGCGAAGGUACCGAUGAAGCGGACCAAGCAAUAGGGACAGAGACAAUACCAACACCUGCUGAAGUGUCUGAAGGUACAGAGCUAACCCGACGUAAAGUGGCAAGUAAGGAUACCCCUCGUGAUUCUGCAACUGACCAAGGUGAAAGUAAAGGUCCAGCACCAUCAUCAGAUGGAUCUAUUUGGAAAUAUGGAUCUAUUGUAGUCUUGAUCUCCAUUUCAGUUUUCAUAGCUGGUUUCAUCAUUUUUCCCAAAGCACCACCACCAGCUCCGGACGAAACCGCUCAUUCUGACAUGGGUGACUGUUUGAGAAAGCGUUCAGAACGAGAGGAUGUUCUUUACGAAGAGAUUGAAUCUUUAAGCAAGAAAUUUCCAUCAUUAGAUCAACCAUCACUGGAAACAAUAGGUGGUGCAUCAUGGGCACACGUCCAAGACAAGGAAGAGUUGGUUAGACCUGUAGUCUUACUUCUGGUUAGUCAGCCAGAUCAUGUCAAAGCUAACGACGUCGCCGAAGAAGUAGCAAACAUGUACUCCAACGUGUACCAUAAAUCGCGUGGAGACAUCGUGCGGGUUGACGGUGAUGACUUCGAAGACGGUACUGCAGACCAGGUGAAGAAAGACAUAGACGCGAAGAUAAAGUCUGGGUUGAACGGCUGUGCUAGUGUGGUUAUCAUCAAAGAUCUCGAUGAACUCCAACCGUGCUCGAUCAUAUUAUUCCAUGGCUACUGUGAUAACGAUGGAGCACCGUACAAGGAUGCUGUCUUCAUCUUCACCAUGACGCUAGAUGAUACUAUCCCGGAGGACACCAGCAAACUGGAGACUGAAAAGAUCAUUCAGGAACAUCUUGAGCAGCACUUGCGUCAAUGUCCAGAAGAGUUCCCCAAAGACAAAAUUGCAGCAAUGAAUAGUCGUCUCGCCAACAACAUAGUCAUGCUUAAUUAAUUAAAUUACCGAGCAAUGAUUUCGACUUCUACUGAUACUUAAGAUUGUAAUACCAACUUAGUAGAAGUGCCACAUUGUGUAACAAAUGGCAACUGCAAAUCGAUUAUAAAUCAAAUAGUUUUACAGUUGCGUCAUGCAUGUAUACCUGUUAUAGAUAAAAUGUACUUCGAACAUUGAUUUAGUCAUGCAUAACAUUGCAGGGAAUGUUUACUUUAUUGAUACAGUACAAAUAUUUCAAGAAACAUGUCGUCAACUCAUCGAUGAUUCACAGAUAAAUGCACUCAAUAUUUGUAGAGGUCUCUGUACAUCAAUAACAUGUAGAGAAGGCGGAUAUGAGAUAUAGCAAAGGUAAAUAUAAAUCGAAGCCUCGUUCUUAUUAUAAUUCUUUGAGUUUGAAUUUUCUCCGUAGAAAUGUCUAAUGCUGUACAUGUACAAACAAUUAUAUGAUUGCAAUUGAUAUGAUCAUCGCAAACAAGUGAAGCCAAUAAACAAAUUCCGUACUCAAAUGUGAGGACUAUUUUUCACCUUUUGCCUGUACAGAUUUAAACGCUAUAUAUGCCUAUAAACUAUCAAUAUAUCAUAAUCUGUUAAAGGAAUUCCGAUAAUACCACUCGAUAUGUUAUACCUGACUAGAUUGAGAAAAUUCCAUCAGACAAUUUUCAGUAUUUUCUUGUUACUUUCUCAUUCUCACCAAAAUUAUAACUUUGAGAAAAAUUGUUCAUGCUAUACUCUACUAUUAGUUCAAUAGACAGUCAAACUCGAAUGCGAUCUCUCAUGUUGUGCACAAAUUAAUCAGCACUCCUCUUUUUUCUUUAGUGAAAAAAAAACGAGUGAUGUAGUAUCUGCCCAUUCCGGAUUGCACUCAUUUGAUAAACUAGAUUAAAUCUAGUAUUGUGUAUCUUUUUAGUUUUUACAAAUGAUUAAUGAAUUAUAUUAUUAUCAUAAAAUGUCAGCGAUAUCCAUUCUUGUAAUAUUCAUAAUAUUUCACCUACAUUUGAGUGAUUGCGUGAUAUAUGUGAGGGUGUGGGCGGUGUAUUUGUAUGGUGUGCGGUGGUGGAAUAUUUUGUCGAAUAAAAGAAAUGUCGCAUCAUUUAAUAGAAA